AUAUCAAUCCUGGGCCAAGUAAUGCAAAGUAUUUAACCGAGCAAGCAACACAUCGCUACCGUGCAAUUUGGCACAACAAUCCGCCGGUAGACACUCCAUACCGUAUAAAUUUGUUAAUUAUUUUAGUAUUUUAAAAGUUUUUAUUUUACUUUCCUUUGACUAACAACUUAGUGUAUUUUGCAUUUUUUUUUGUAGGAAUCACUCCUUCCCAUCACUCAUAGAAGGACAACACGUUUGCCCAUUUGGCAUGUCGACUCUCGCCGUAUCUAGAGAGAAUGGGUUUGGAUAUGGUAAGGCACUUGAUAGACCAUUGAUUGCACAUGUUUUUACCUCCAUUCUUGAGCCGUUUGAGAGUCGAUUCUCAUGUUUUAAGCCGAUUUCACGCUAGGUUGUGUGCUUAUGUCAUAUUUCAGGACUUGGCAUUGACAUGAAGGCGAAGAAACGAGUUUCGGUUAAAAAAGGAGGACACCGGAGUUAAGGGCUGCUGGAAAAGAAAAUACCCGGCCAGGAGUUAAAAUACCCGGCCGGGUAAAAUGCAAAGAGAGGUUGGGGAUUUCAUGUUUUGGACGCCAGAGUUCCAGAAGGGGUCCCAGCCGAAUGGCUAAAAUACCCGAUCGGGUAUUCUGAACCUUGAUCGGGUAUUUCCCUUUUCCCCACUGCGCAGCAUUUAAAAAUACCCAGCCGCACACCUGAAAUAACCGACUGGGUAUUAUGGCCGGGGAUCGCGACCUGCUGAUUUUUAAGGGAAAGAAGACCAAUUUUUGAGGGUUCCAAGUUUUAGAGAUAGAAAGCUGAUAUCUAAAGAGAGAGAGUAACGAACCAUAUUCUCCAAGCGCUCUAGAUCGAUCUUCAUCACCAUUGGAGCUCAGCUUAAGCUUGGAGAAGUGCCGAUUGAUUGCCAGAAGCAGAAUCCCAUCCUUCACAACAUGGUUUCCGCAUCUGAGCUAGAUUUUCCUUCUCUCUAUGGAGUAAACUCUCUUACUCACCUGGGUAUGAAGAACCCUUGGUUUGUAUGUUAGGUCUAAUUGUAUGAACCCAAGUACGAAUUCAUUGAUGUUGAUUAUAUUCAAUUGAGGUUUGAUUUCCUGAAUGGAAUGAAUCUUGAUCAAAUUCCUGUUAUUUCUGCUUUGAUCUAGAAAGAGAAUAUAUGCUUAGGUUGAUAGAGCACCCUUGAUUGAAGGUAGUGAAUUGACGACUUUAGUAGAGGAGUCAAUUCACUAUUCUAUAUCGGAUUUACUGCGGUAGAGGAGGUUUGGUUCGUUAGGGCCUUGAGACCUUUAGUCGAGACUGCAGACUUUUUAAGAACCUCCCGCGGUAUAACUAUUAUUGAACUUGAACUUGGUAAAUUACAACCUGGCUUAACUGCAGUCUAGUGGGAACCAUAUCUGGGUGACCUCUCUCAACUUCAAACUCAACUUUCACUGCUUUUGCUUGCUAUUUAGUUAAACCUUCACUAUACUUGAAUCUCUAAAUAAGAUUUUCACGGAGUAGUCAUCACGCCUAGUAGGUGGUUACACUUGGCCACUUUCUAGUGUGACGGUAGAGGCGUGUCAAGUUUUUGGCGCCGUUGCCGGGGACGACUAGGUUGUUGAAGAAACUUGAUUUCUGUUACUUUAGCAUUUAUUUUCUGCAUUGAUUGUUUGCUUUUUCCCACUUGUGCCUUCACGGGUUUGCUUGCGUGGCUGUGUAUAGGUAGUGCAUGACCCGUAGCCAGUCGGGAGGUUUACUAGCGUUAGAUCCGGAGCUAGAACGCACCUAUCGCAAAAUAAGGAGACAACAGCGAGCAAGACUGGCUAAGGAGGAAGUGCACCUCGACGGCCAUCUGAGCAGCCACUCCGAAGAGGAAUACGAGAUGGGCGACGAGCACAACAAGGGGAAUCUUAACAUGGGGCGGAAUCAACCCCUCGGGAUGCCCAUGUCGGUUCCCCUAGUGAACCAGAUCCUGGGGAACAACCCAGUCCCCCCAGACAGAUGGGGCUCAACAUCCACCAUCCCCGCCGAGUCCUACUAUGGUGUACUACUACACUCCACGAGUCGCCGACAUCCGACCCGUCAUCCUGUAUCCUCCCAUUCUAGCAAACAACUUUGAGAUCAAGCCAUGUUGGAUUCAACUGAUUACAUCCUCUAUCCAAUUCCAUGGCUUGAAGGAUGAGGAGGCGAUUGUGCACCUUUCCCGGUUCCUGCAGCUGACAAAUUGAUUCAAAAUGAAUGGUGUACCUGAUA